AUGAAAAAUAAGGUUGUAAUUAUUUAUUUUUUAGUAUACAUUACAUGUGUUAUAUUGGGAAAGUCAAAAAAUAACCUUAAAGUUACGAAGGCAUAUUUAAGAUAUGGAAAGAAUGAUCAGAAUAUUCAAAAUAAGGAACGAAAAAAAAAAACUCAUAUGUAUUUGAAUAACUCCACUUUGUUUCCAUCAAAGAAUAAUAGCAUACAUAAAACAUUUUUUAAAUAUAAUAAAUUUAUUGAUCAAAAUAAUGACAAAGAAUUGUUUAUGAAAACAUUUUUUAAGAAUGGGAAAAUAAUAAAAUUUAGAUAUACUCAUGAAUUGUGGGCAAAAAAAAAAGGAGUAGGAAGUACUAAAAAUGGUAGAGAUAGUAAUCCAAAGAAUUUGGGAGUGAAAGUAUUAGGUAAUAAUUUUGCACAUGCUGGAAAUAUUAUAGUUAGACAAAGAGGACGUACUUUUAAACCUGGUAAUGGAGUAAAACAAGGAAGAGAUUUUACACUAAUAGCUGUUAAAUCAGGAAAAGUCCAUUUUUUUAACCGUGUUGUAAGUAUUAUUGAUGUUAGUGAACCAAAACCAUUGACAUUCAAGGAUAUAUAUCAAGAAAAUCCUACCAUUAUAGGUUUAUCAAAAAUGUGGAUGUCAGCUUAA